CUUAAUAAAACGGGUACUUGCACAUAGUUUCUUACUUGGUGGGUGGGAGGGAGGAGGUGAUGUAAACUUUUAUCUGAUGCUUUCCAGCUGAUUCUUCACAGGCAGAGCAGAGUAAGAGGUGAGCAGAAUGGAGGAAUCAUAUUAUGAGAAUUACUGGGACCAGACGACGCUCUCUCUCACAGACAGUCCAGCACCCUCAUCUGCAUCCAGGUUCAGACGGUGGCUGUUUCCUGGUCUGAUCGUCGUGGUCCUGCUGAUUCUGAUCAUAGUGAUGGGAAGUACCAACAGGAAGAUGUCAAAUCGUCUGGGGACUUUGGAGCAGAGAGUUUCCAACCUCAGUAAGAUCGUCCAAUCACUGAACGCCUCACUGCAUCACACUCAAGAAACGGCUAAACAAGUUCAGCAGCUCCAGUAUGCUGUUGAGAACAACAAGGACCAGCUUAACUCGGUGUCAGAGGUGCCGAAACAGCUGUCGGUCAUCGACUCUCUGAGCAAGAGCAUCGCUGCCAUCAAAUGUUCCCACGAACACGUCAUCAACAACAGUUCAACUGCAGGUGGUUGUUGUCCUAUGGGUUGGACUGUGUUUGAGUCCAACUGUUACUUCUUCAGCGGUGAUUCUCGGUCCUGGAACGAGUCCAGAGACUGGUGUGAAACACAACAAGCCCACCUGGUCAUUCUGCGCAACGACAAGGAGUGGGACUUUGUGACCCACAGGAGCAUGCCUCACUUUUACUGGAUUGGUUUGUCUGACUGGAGGACUGGGCGCUGGGAGUGGGUGAACCAGACGCCGUACACAGUGGAGCCCAGGCGGUGGAAACCCGGGCAGCCGGACAACCUGACCGGGCACGGAGAUGAAGACUGCGCUCACCUUUAUGAUGAUGGACUCCUGAACGACGUGCACUGCUCCAUCAAGAUGCAGUUCAUCUGUCAGAAACCUACCGUGAAUGCCUGAACACACCUGCUUCCCUGGCUUUGCCCACAUCUGCUCUCAGAUUACACCGCAAAAACAUAUAAUAUAAUGAAGAUAUCCCACUUUCUGGACUUACUGCUCUACAGGGGGCGCUCUCCAGCAGGUCCAGAGUUAAUGAGGCUAUAUGGAGCUGUAGAAGAAAAUUGUAAAAUUGUAGAAAAUUUCCCAAGGUGUUUACUUUAAAGACUGAAUAGAACAUGGACUAAAACUGAGACUGUGGAAAAACAAUAGUGAGAGAGACCUGUAAUUGCAACACAUGAGCUCUUUAAUGAGCGUCCUGAUGCCCUCAGGUGUGCUCAGAGGAGAAUCUGAGGAGAUCUUCCAACAUUACCUGCACUACAACUCUGACGCCCAACGCUACAUCUGGAAAUACAACAACAACAGCACUGUCGGGACAUGAAGAUGCUGAACGAAAACAGCGCUCCAGUGAGAUCUGCUCAGCCCCGCUGUCUGCCUCCCUCUUAAAUGACAAUCUCACUGAGGGCUGACCUCUGACUUCUUGAAUGUUGGACUUUCACUUGGUCAUGUAGUUGGGUUUUGUUUUAGCUACAUACUAAUGAGGAACUUUUUAGUCAAAAAAAACCUACGAUUUGAAUGAAUACAAUUAUGUAUAAAGAGGUUAAUGUUAGCCAAACCCUACCCCUAACUCUAAAUGGGGUCCUUGUGACCAAGCAUAUGCUAGAACAUGACGUUUUUUGUUUUUUUUUUGCUAUUUCUAAUCAUCUGUGGCUGCACAUUUGCUUUUCUUGUUAGUUUGCUUUAAUCCUUUUGGUCAUCAUGCUGUAUUGUGCACAUGUGGGUAAAACACACAUCAAGGGCUGGACUAGGCCAUGUAACAUCUCUGUAAGGUGUUUCAUCAGUGCCAAAUAAUUAGCAAGAUCUAAUAAUAUUUUAACAGUAUUUUCACUGUAACCUUUAACCAUGCUUCGAGUCAGUUAACCAUGAUGUGGUAAUUUUGUAAACUUAUCUAAGUCUGUGGUCCUGAAGUAGAAAUGCUGUCCACUCCAACCUAGGGGACGAACCUAGUGGACAGUUACCCACAGACUCUCACAUUCAAAUGUCCAAGUUCAAAGCAGAAAUAAAAA